GGUCCUCCACGUCAGCUCCCGACGAUACCCGUUGUCCGGAAAAUUACAAAUAUAUUCUGCUAUUUAAGCCGCCCUCUAGUCCUAAAUUAAAUUGUAAAAAAAAAAAAACAGAAAAGAAAAUCAUCUAUUUAAGCCGCCAUUUAACCUCCUUACUUUUGUUGAUCAACUCCCAAACGCAAAGAAAAGAAAAGCAUCAUCAAACCUUCAGGCUUCAUAUCCCUCCUUUGCCAUUUUGCACGUCUUCUCUUUCCUACUUGAGAAAAAGGCCAUUGAAGAAAGAAACUGAACAUACUGAUUUCUCUCUGUUAACCAAAGCCCAUCAAGCUUUUUCCCUCCAGAUAGUCAGAUAUAGACUCCUGAGGUUGGUAGAGACUAUCGAGUUGUUAGAAUGGAACUUGAGCAACAACAAAUUGUGCCAGAAAUGAAAUCCGUCCCUGCAUUAAGCUCAGGCUUUGAGAAGACAUCAGCCUGCUUUGAUUGUAGCAUAUGCCUAGAUUUUGCCUCCGAUCCAGUGGUCACUCUCUGCGGCCACCUCUACUGUUGGCCCUGCAUCUACAAAUGGUUGGAGUUCCAGAGAUCAUCUCUUUCGUCCGAAGAGUGUUGCCAGUGUCCUGUUUGCAAGGCUGAAAUAUCCCCUGAAUCCGUGGUUCCUCUUUACGGCCGUGGCCAGAGUCUUUCACAAACCGAGCCGGCUGACAAAACCGUUUUGAAGCUGAUCAUACCUCCCAGACCAACUGCCUUCCCUAGACAAGCCCAGGCGACUUCGUCCACUCUCCGGCAACGGGUGCAAGAUGAGCCGAAUUCUCCUAACCCUGCUGCUGCCAAUUCAGGGGAGGCUAAUUCACCUGAUCUUUCUAAUCUUGGGAGUCCAAUGCCACUUUGUCAUCCUAUGUGUGGGAACUAUGGAGAGAUGGUUUACGCAAGGGUGUUUGGUAAUUCAGAAAGCUUUUAUACAUAUCCUUACUCGUACCAUACUCAGGGAAGUAUGAGCCCCAGGCUGAGGAGGCAGGAGAUACAAACUUCCAAGUCUCUGAACAGAAUAUCAUUUUUCGUCUUCUGUUGCAUCCUAUUAUGCCUGUUCCUUUUCUAGUCCAAUGCUAUAUAGUUGCAGGGGUAUUGAGUUGCUAUAUAGUUGCAGCCAGCGAGAUUCAAACUUCGGUUUUUUAGACUUAGGUACAUAGGUUGAGAAUGAAUAUAGUACAUGAUGCUCUCUGGUGUUGUUAUCAUCGUUCAUUCUCUUCCUAUUCUUAGUUUUGAGUUUAGCAUGAUGAGUUUAGGUAUCAUCUCUUUCCCCUUUCACCUGUUUUUGUACAAAUGAACACUUUGAAGAUGCUUGCCUAUCAGCUUGCAUAGUAAAUACAAGGAAUCUGCUGUAUGAUGAGCUUAGUCUUUUUCGUUUUUUCGUAUGCU